AUGUUCCGCGGCACCAACGCCAACCCUUUUGACGAUGUCGUCGCCAAGGCGACCGACGAGAACCUCACUUCGGAGAAUUGGGAGUUCAUUAUGGAAGCUGUCGAUAAAGUCGAAGGUGGCGGUUCAGAUGCUCCGAGAGAAGUCGUCGGUGCUCUUAUCAAACGGCUAGCACACCGGAAUGCUCAGGUUCAGAUAUACACACUUGAGACUGCAAAUGCGUUAUCGCAAAAUUGUGGUCUUAAAGUACACCAGGAACUGUCGUCGAGGGCCUUCACGGAUGCUUUGAUUCGGUUAGCUGGUGAUAGAAAUACACAUCAAACAGUAAAGUCCAAGAUCCUGGAGCGUAUGGAGGAUUGGGCCGAAAUGUUCAGCAAAGACCCGAAUCUGUUUGUUAUGGAACAGGCCUACACAAAACUAAAGUCCCAAAAUCCUAGUAUACCAGCUCCUUCGAAGCCAACUAAGAACGCCAUCACUGAUGCCGACCGACUAAAGGAAGAGGAGGACCUUGCCCGUGCCCUUGAAAUCUCGCUACAGGAUACUAGGAGACAACAGAACUUCCCUGCUGCAUCGGCAUCCUCGAAUUCAAAUGCUGUUCAGAAACAACCUGAACCAAAACCCGAACAACCUCCUGCUAACUCUACAGCUGCCACAGUAUCCCGCGUGAGAGCUCUCUACGACUUUGUACCUACAGAAUCUGGAGAGUUGGCAUUUAGGAAAGGUGAUAUUAUCGCCGUUCUUGAGUCGGUGUACAAAGAUUGGUGGAAGGGGUCUUUGAGAGGACAGACGGGUAUCUUUCCGCUGAACUACGUCGAGAAGCUUGCAGACCCUACUGCUGAAGAGUUACAGAGGGAAGCACAGACAGAGGCUGAAGUCUUCGCACAAAUCAAGAAUGUGGAGAAGCUUCUGUCGCUAUUAAGCACUUCUAGUGCAGAUCAGCAUAUCCAAGAUAAUGACGAGAUAACGGCUUUGUAUCAUCAAACACUCUCCAUCCGACCAAAGUUGAUUGAUCUCAUCAGCAAGUACCAACAGAAGCGAGACGACUUCCAGGCCCUCAACGAGAAAUUUGUUAAGGCUCGCCGUGACUAUGAAGCAUUGUUAGAUACAUCCAUGUCCAACCCCGCAGCGCACGCGUACUCACGACCGCCAUAUAGCCAAGGAUAUGGGCCCGGUCCAGAAUACGGCGCACCUCUACCCGGACCUGCCGGAGGCCCCAUCGGAGGACCACUAGGGGGACCCAUCGGAGGGCCAGUUGGCGGUCCACCUGGUGGUCCUCAGGGGUUCUAUCCGCCCCAGCCGCAACAUCAAAUGCACCACUCCCCUCCACCACCUCUCAACACAAGUGGACCAUACGGUCCUCCUGAUGCCCAACAGGGCGGUGUUCCAUAUCCAGUUUCAACAAGCCCUAUCCCUCCUGCUGGGUCGAACCCAUCAAACUUCUAUGGCGCCCCAACUGGCCCAAUAGGAGGACCAGAUGGCCGUAAAGCAUCGUCGCCACAAGCUAAUCCCCCAACAGGCCGUGAUAGACACCCUUCGAUAAGUGGUUACCAUGAUACAGGUGCACCACCUCAAGAGCUUGCCACAUCAUCCUACGAGUCUCCUCAAGACCCAAGCGGUCGCCCCAUCUCCCCCUCUCACGGCCCUCAAGCCUACAAGAGCUACUACACAUAUAACCCUCCCACAACCGCAGCUACAUCGCAAGGUGCAGGGCCUAGUGGCCCUAGUGGCAACUUCCCCCCUAGCGGUGGUCAACAACAACAGCAGCCGCAGCAGCAGCAGCCCAGUUAUCCUCCUGUAAUUACUAGAACUUCCCCAACUACUGUUAGGGACUCAACUGAUACAUAUCAACAGUACCUGAAUAACCGUCCACCGAGUUGGGUCGAUCCGAGUACAGGAGGGCAGGGAAACCCGGCAGAUUACUACAGAAAUAACGAGCUGUUCUUGCCGCAAGGUGGUUCUGGAGGAGCUAGGCCGAGAGAGGCUUGA